AUGCUCUCCCCGCUCCUCAUCUCCCUUGUCGUUUUCCUCCUCGCCGUCCACGCUCUCCGGCAACGUCUCACAUCGCCCCUCAACAAAAUCCCCGGACCAUGGCACGCCAAGUUCACUACCCUAGUUCUGAAGUGGCACGAGUUCAGGACAAAUAGGACUCGCUAUGUGCAUCACUUACACCUGAAGUAUGGACCCACGGUCCGGAUUGCCCCAAACGAGGUUGUCUUUGCCUCGGCCGCGGCGGUCAAGGAAAUCUACUGCUCUGGCGGUAGUGGCUACGAUAAGACCGAGUUUUAUGAUAUGUUCAAGGUCUACGGGAGACGGACCAUGUUCACUACUCUGAACAAGGACGAUGUGAGGCCCUUUCCAAGCCAUCACCGCUACGCCAACACCAAUGUCGUCCGGCCGCAGUCCCUUGACGGGAUUGCUGACCGCGCUGGCAACUUCGUCAAGAAGUGCUUCCAAUCUGUUGGCGGAAGCCUUGAUCUCUAUAUCAAUCGACUCUUCCAAUUCUACUGGCCAACAGCGCACAAGAUCCUCGGACAAGUCCUCUACCUGUUCGCCAAACCACGCGAGACGCCACUGGCUGACGACUUCGUGCUUGACACGUGUGCCCUGACCGACACGGCGCCCUUCACGCUGCUCAACCGCCUGCAGGGGCCCAACUACCACCUCGACGCCCUGGACAUCGCCGCCGAGUGCCUCGACCACAUGGCCGCCGGCAUCGACACCACGGGCGACGCCCUCUGCUUCCUGAUGUGGGAGCUCUCCCAGCCGGCAUCCAUGCCCUACCAACGAGCACUACAGCGCGAGCUCCUCGCCCACCCGGGCGCGAGCUUCGACCGCUUGCCCUACCUCGACGCCGUGGUCCUGGAAGGCCUGCGCUGCUUCCCGGCCAUCCCCAUGUCCCUCCCGCGCUACGUGCCCGGCGGCGGGCGGACGAUCGACGGGUUCUUCCUGCCGCAGGGGACGACGGUUAGCUGCCAGGCCUACUCGGUGCAGAGGAUGGACGGGGAGGUGUUCCCGGAGCCCGACGCAUUCCGGCCCGAGCGGUGGCUGGAGCCCAAGGGCGACGCCGAGCGGAAGCGGCUUUUCUUCGCCUUCGCCAAUGGCGGGCGGGGCUGUGUUGGCAAGCACCUGGCACUGGCUGAGAUGAAGCUGUUGCUCCAGGCCGUCUACUCCAGGUUUACCACGCUCCCGGACGCGAGCAUGACGGCCGCCGGCAUGGAGAUGUCGGAUCAGCUGAUCUCAUCGCGCCCGGCGGGACAGAGAUGCCUGCUGAGGUUUGAUCCGUUGGAGGCCAUGAGUGAAAAGUAG